GACAUUUAUAUAAAUAUGAUGAAAAUCUCCAAAACCGCACACACAAGCGUCGCUUGUUGUAGAAGACACAACAAUUUGGGUGGCCAGCGAUUAGCUAAUCGAUAUGGCUACUUUUAAGAAAUUGGCUAUGUUAGCCAUCCUAGUAGGCAGCUGCCAUGCCGGUGGAUAUCACUACCCUCAUGGAAGCUCGCAUAGCAGUGGACUCUCGGCUCAUGCACCAUUGCCUGCCACUUCGAGUUUCUCACCGAGCAGCUUCCCCGCUGGAUCUCUACCCUCAGCUACAUAUUCCGGCGGAUCCAUUGGAGAUAUCAGCCACGGUCUUGGAUCCAGCGGCCUGAGUAGCAUCGGUUCAAGCGGCCUUGGUGGAUCAUCCAUCAUCGGAGGUUCUGGCCUUGGAGGAUCCUCUUACACCGGAUCACUCGGCAGUGGCCAUCUCGGAUCACUUGGAGGAAGCGGCCUAGGUAGCUCCAUCCCGUCUGGGAUUGGUAGCUCGCUGGGAGCACCCCUCGGCGGCUCUUUUGGCGCACCUGCUCUUGACUCCGGAAUUGCCGGAUCAAAUUUAGCCGCCCCACUCGCCCCAUCUCUGCCUCUGCCUGGAUCUCUUUCAAACGCAGGUGCGGUUGAUGGGCCCGCUGCUACGGUUCCAGGCGGCGAACCUCCACCACCCGGACCUAAGGCUCCAGUUAUCACAUCGAUUCACGGACUGGCUAAUGGCAAUGGAGCCCCGACCCGAUACAGUGUCAGAGAGGAACCUUACCAAGUCUACAGAGAACAAAUCCACCGAGUGCCCCAGCCGGUGCCCGUGCCCGUGCCGCAGCCUGUACAGGUCCCAGUCCCACAGCCUUACCCCGUCCAAGUACCAGUGUAUAGAGACGUCCCUGUGCCCGUUGUAAAGAUUCAGCACGUCAAGGUUGACAAGCCAGUACCUUACCCAGUCGAAAAGAUUGUCAAAGUACCCGUAGAGAGGGUGGUACAGGUUCCUGUGGAGCGUCGCGUUCCUGUUGAAAAAAUUGUGAAAGUGCCCGUUGUUAAGAUUAUCAAGGUGCCGUAUCAUGUGGUAAAGAAGUACCCAGUGCCUGUGUUCAAGACCGUGCACCACAAAGCAGUGGAACACCAUCACUCUCACGGCUGGCACUCUGCCCCUCAUGCUCACUACGACCUUCAUGACCACCACGACAUUCACGAUCAUCACGACCAUCACGAUCUUCAUGGUCAUGACGACCACCUCGAUAUCCAUGAUCACGAGCACGGCCUGCACGAGCACGUUGACCACGGUUGGCACUAA